AUGGCGCUGAUAAACUUCGCAAUCCCUCCCACGCUUGAAUUAGAUUACUUGUUGCGUCCUUCUGAUAAUCUAAACGCCAGUGACGCUCCUGAUGCCACUUGCUGGUCCGGUCCUGAUUUUGACAUCUCAAUCGGUGAGGUACGCCUCAUGGUCAACGGAACAAUCAAUGAAAUCUUGAAUUUAUUGACCAAUGAUGGGUUCUGCCAUUGGUUCAAUCUAGCUCGCGCCUUUGGGAAUGCCAGCGCGGAGCAACAAGAUUGUAUAGCCCACCUAUUCACCCAAGCCUGUAAGCACGUAUCCAUAUUGACGAUAGAGACGGGCAAGUGGAUAGAUGACAACUGUCAAAAUGUAUCUAAAUAUCCCUCUAUAGAGGCAUUGAAUAGCAGGAUUCUUUACACAGACAACAAGUAUACUACUGGAGGGGCUAGUGGCCCCGAUGGACUGGCCAGUUUGAUAGACAUAGGCAAAACUGUCAGAUCAAUUGUAGAGGCAGUGACAAUGUUGACAUGUGCUACGCUGAAGGCUAAGAAACCAGGGGAAGAUGAACAGGUUAAGGUUACCAAGGCAAGGAAGGGUAAUGUAACCAAGAAGGAUAAAAUACUUGGCUUGGAUAGUAUUGCAAAGGGCUUGGUCGAGUUGGCAAAGGGGACCCUGAUGGCGGGGUACCACGUCAAGCUUGGCGGUUCAGGCCAUCUGUCUGAAAAUUUUGCUAGGCUACUAAUUUCUGGGUUGUUGCAAUGUAACACAAAGGGGAUAUUGAUGGGAGGGCUAAUUCCCGGGGCCAUUAAAUCUGUGAUAGAUCAAUGCAUAACAGGAACCCGCCUCCCAACAAAUGAAGAGGAGGAUUCUGUUAGCCAUUUGGACUGGGUAUCUCUGAUAAUUGAGGAGAUGAAGAAGCCCGAAGGAGUUAAUCUGGUAGCAAUGUUUGCAGAUUCAAAAAUUGAAGAGUGUCAAGUCACCAAUGAAACAGAACAGGUUGAGAAGGAGUCAGAGACAGUGGGAUCAGACGCCGUUGAAGCGGGGAGUUCUGAUAAGGAAUGGUCCAAUGAACACGGUAAUCAAAUUAAAAGGACGGAUAAUUCAAUCAAAGUUACAACUGGGACAAGCGGGCAAAUUGUAGCGGAUCUCCUCAUUGCCACAAGGGAAAAUGCCGCCUUACAGGCGGCAGCCCUCAAUACGGCAUCAGUCCAAGCGGAGUUUGGAAACAUUGGCGCAUUUUUUGAAAAACUUGCCAAAGCGUCCCCUGUCAAUCUCUUAAUAAAUAUAAAUGCUAUGAAAGAUCUGUUUGACGUGCCCUGUUACAAUUUGAGAAAGUCAGUAGGGGAUGUUAUAACCACUCUAUUGCAAAUUAAAACAAACGACUCUACCCCCCCUGCCUUUAGGAGGCUGAUAUCCCGUACCAGGGACGAAUUGUUCCAGACAUUAGCGUGUAGGGUAUUUGAUUCUUACAUGUACGGAAGGGUGCACAUUUUGCGCGGAAUACAGGAGAUUGUUGAGAAUGAAGCACUUCCCCUGAAUUACUAUACGAAAGUCGCUCAAAUUGCUCUUAAAAGAUUAAUGGAUAGGGGUUCUAUGGUUAGACAAAGGGCAAUGUCACUCAUAGCAGUACUUUUGGCCGACGUUAAGGAGAAUAAGCUGGAUAUGUCUACAGUCAAUGAUUUGCUAUCCAGCGAGAUGGCUGUGGUAUCUCUAGACGAAGAAGUGCCACAGCUAAAUAUGGAAUCUGACGAAAGUCUUACUGUUUCACUUAAGGCUUACUCUGUGUAUUUAGUCCGUGCUUCUCUUUCAGCGGCGGUAGAAUACCUAAAGUCCACAACAGAAUCGGACCAGAAAGCAGCGAUUAGGUUCUUGGGUACUGUACAUUUACUGGGCUUUCGAAUGGCAAGCGAUUUGAUACCCAAGGCCUGGGAACUGGUUUGGACAAAUAACCAAAACGUUCAUGACGUUGUUACUGCGGAAUUCUCACGCAUUUACUUUUCCAACACCCCCGAAGGGGCUGCUAUUUCGUUGCUGAAACUAGUGGCCGUCUCAAACAACUCUUGCGCGGCAUCCCUUGACCUUUUGUUUAGAUCUGCACUUGCGAGAUCAGACCUUCCGGUGGCUGAGAUGAUUGAUGGAGUCGUGAACGUGCUGUUGAACAUUGCUACCGCAGGUGUUGCACAUAAUAAAACGGCCCAACACGCCAGAGAGUCGCUAGGUUUAUGCCGAAUAAUUUUUUCCUCUGCAGCCAUGCUUAAAGGAACGGCUUCAGAGUAUAAUUUCAAGCUUGACGCCCAUCGUUGUGCCACAUUGCGACGUAUGUUAAUAGACCACUUACGCCGGCCAGACCCAGACUACGUAAUCUUCAACGAGUUAUGUUUGAUGAUUCGUUAUUGCUGCGGAGAGGGCGUUGUGGCCCUUUGUUAUACGGCUCUUGAGCUCAUUCUGGAGAAGUUUGGUACGCCAGAUCGCUACUUCUACCCCUGCGUCCAGGCUGUUAUUGACCUGGUAUUCACCCACUAUGACCACCCCGAAGAUGUUUGCAGCGAUAUAAUUAAGAUUAUGAUUGGGAAGAUGGUGACCAGCACUGGUGCUAUAACAUGCAGUAUGGUCUCGCAUCUGUUGUUUAUAAGUGGCCAUGUGGCCCUAUGUACAAUCGUUGCAUUGGAAGGUUUGUUGUCAAAGCUCAAACACGCCCGAACGCAGCAGGAGCAGAAGGCUGAUGAUAAAGAGGGGAUGGGCACGGCUUCAAAGGGGGAGUGUGAGCUCGACGAGAUUGAGAAGUUAAUCGAGAACGGAGUUACAUCUACCAACCUGAUCGGUGGUAACCUGAAGAAGUUAUUGUUUGCUGUAAUAAAGUGCCAGGGACUUGACGAAACACUAAGAAGUUGUGCUAUUGUUGUUCUGUCAAAGUUGGCGGUUAUAUCUAAGAGCAUGUGUACUGAGUGUAUAGGAAACAAGGACGUGGUUAGCCAUUUGUUGGAUGUUUUGUUGGAUAAUAAGGCCAAUACAGACAACAAGACCUUGAUACGUAAAACUCUUUUGGUGUGUUACGGUGAUUUACUUUGUCGAUUUCCCAACCUGAUGGAGCCAUUUAAUCGGAGGGUUUUCUUUUUGUUGCGAGAUAGGAACGAUGUUGUUCGGGAAACGGCUACUAUGGUUUUCACCCAUUUGAUAAUGAACGAUAUGAUCAAACCCAAAGGGAAGUUAUUGGAGUACAUGUCAUUUUUGACGCUGGACCGAACGUAUUCUGUCUCAGCAUGCGCCAAGAUGUUCUUUAUCGAGAUUCACAAAAAGAAUCCGAAUGUAAUUUACAAUAUAUUUCCAGAAAUGGCGGCUAUUUUGGCAAUGAACAGGCGCAACAUGUCGUUGGCGGUGAAUGCAACGAUCUUGCGCAUGUUCAUCAGCUUUGUGAACAAGGACAAGCAGCAAAUAGUGCUUGUGGGUAAGAUUUGUGAGCGGCUGGCCCAGUGUAAAGAUGCGGGAAUGUACCUCUUUUCGUUUGUGCUUGUUGAGUUGUGCAAGGAGCCAAAGUGUAUUGGCAAGUUGGGUACGAUGAUUCCAGUGCUGAGGCAUGUGCUGGCUGCGGAUGAAUCGGUGAGGGCUGCCUUCUGGGCCAUAGUCAACAGGGCCAAGAGUUUUAGGGGUUUAGGGCUGCAGGAAAAGGCUGCCGCUGAGGGAUCUGGAACUGAAGCUUCUGGCGCUACAUCCACCCCCGAAGCUUCGGUUAGGGAGUCUUUGAAGGAUCUGACAACGCUGCUUUUGACAUUAGACGAGGAGCCACUGAGCUACGAGGAACCGCCCAUAGUGCAUGUCCUGGCGGAAGAGGAGUACGAUCAAAUGUUUUUAAGUGACUUAGAGGAGGGAGAGGAGGAGGAGGCUGUAAAGGUCAAGUUUGAGCAGGAAAAUGGCUGUAAGGUUAAGAAGGAGAAGAGGGACGACACGUACGUGGUGAGGAUAAAGAGGGAGCUAUCAACCUAA